GGAGAGGGAGAGAGAGAGAGCGCUCAACGCUUGCGCUUUAUUCUCUUCGCUACAAAUUGGAUACUUUGCUGUGCCCCGAGGACGAGGUUGAGGAGAAAGAAAGGGCGGUGUCUGUGAAUGUGAGCGCUCCAUUGCUUCCCCCAUUCUCCCAUUCUCUCUUUUUUCUUCCGUUCAGUGCCCAUAUCGGAGUUUCUGUAUCCAAAAUCUGAUCUUUACCACCCCGCAUUGCGUUAGACUUGUAGCCCGAAGCUUUAAAUCGAAGUCCCAUUUGCGAAAGGAGAGGUUUUUCGUUCCCUUUCCGCUUUGGACUGGAGAGGAUCCUCAGGCUCCUGCUCGGUUCUCGUUGUUUUCCGCCAUAGACCCUCGGGUGAUGUACCUUUGUCGAGGGUGAUAGCCGGCUUUCUCUUUUCCUGCGGCUUCCUAGUUCCCUGAUCCAUCUCCGUGGGAAAAUCUUUCGAAUCGGUCUUUUGUCACGUAGCACGCAGAAAAAGGGCGGCUUUUGCUGUUCUUCUCCAUUGGGAUCCAAACAAGGCCCAGAUUUCUGAAGGCUUCUAGGUGGGGAGGGGAACCACCUCGCGGCGGCUGCAUGAAGGAGUGCUGAAACAAUGAGAGAUGAGAACUCGAAGAAAAGCAAGCUAUCAUGGUCCAAGACGCUUGUUAGGAAAUGGUUCAACAUCAAGAGCAAGCCUCAGGAUUUCCAUGCGGAUGAUGAUUUAGCUGGAGAAGGAGGUGAUGGGGAAUGGAGGACCAGCUUCACAGAAAGGGAGACAUGCACAGUAAAGAAAAGCAGAACAGAGCGAUUGUACAAGAAGAAUUACGAUCGAGUUUGGCAAGGAAAAUUAGAUGUUGACGCAGCUCAAAGUACAGAUGUUCAGGACUACAAAAUUUUUCUCUCGACAUGGAAUGUAGGUGGGAAGUCUCCACCGAGAAAUUUGAAUCUUGAGGAGUGGAUCCAUGCUUCACCUCCCGCAGACAUAUAUGUUUUGGGAUUUCAAGAGAUCGUUCCUCUCAAUGCUGGAAACGUCCUCGGCGCAGAAGACAACGUUCCAGCAAAGAAAUGGCUGGCGCUUAUUAGAAAAACACUGAAUACUCUUCCUGGCACAUACAGUUGCGGCAGCUAUAGUAUAUCAUCCCCUGUUCCUGAUCCACUUGUGGAACUAGAUGCUGAUUUUGAGGGGUCCUCAACAGGGAAGAAAAAUUCGUCAUUCUUCCACCGGCGUUCAUUCCAUUCCAUGAGUCGUAGUAUGAGUAUUGAUGGUGAUAUCAUGGUAAUGCAACCGAGGUUGGAACGCCGGUUUAGUGUUUGUGAUCCGGUGAGCAUUGUGAGCAGACCAAGUAACUUUGAUCCCAGUUUUAGAUGUGGAGGCUUAUUCGAUGACAAGAAAUUUGGGGGAGAAUCACCUUCUACAGGUUUUUUCUCACCGUUGUCAUGUGCUUAUGGUGAUCCAGCAUACGUAGAGGAACGGGAUAUUUCGUCAUAUCACUCUAGUUCUAGAUAUUGCUUGGUCGCAAGUAAACAGAUGGUUGGCAUAUUUCUCACAGUUUGGGUACGAAGUGAAAUCAGAGGUGACGUGAAGAACUUGAAGGUUUCUUGUGUUGGCAGGGGAUUAAUGGGUUAUCUUGGAAAUAAGGGUUCAAUAUCAAUCAGCAUGUCUUUGCACCAAACUAGCUUCUGCUUCAUCUGUAGUCAUUUGACAUCAGGACAGAAAGAGGGGGAUGAACUACGGAGGAACUCAGAUGUUAUGGAAAUUUUAAGAAAAACUAGAUUCCCUCCGGUGCAUAGAAUAUGUGAUGAGAAGUCUCCCGAAACAAUUCUCGAUCACGAUCGUAUCAUAUGGCUUGGAGAUUUGAACUACCGCAUUGCUCUUUCCUAUCAGUCAGCAAAGGCUCUAGUUGAGAUGCACAACUGGAGAGCACUGUUGGAAAAAGAUCAGCUUCGGAUAGAGCAAAGAUGUGGACGUGUUUUUGAAGGGUGGAAAGAAGGAAGAAUAUUUUUUCCUCCAACUUAUAAAUAUUCAAACAACUCAGACAGAUAUGCAGGGGAUGACAUACACCGAAAAGAGAAGCGGCGGACACCUGCAUGGUGUGACCGAAUACUAUGGUAUGGUAGAGGUCUUACACAAUUGACUUACUUGCAUGGAGAGUCUAGAUUCUCCGAUCAUAGACCCGUAUACAGCAUUUUCAAUGCAGAGGUUGAAAUUAUCAAUCGCAACCGGUUUAGGAACAUGGGCUGUUCUAGCUCUCGGGUAGAGGUGGAAGAACUCUUGCCUUACUCACAUGGUUUCACAGAACCCAGUUUCUACUGUUGAGGCUGAAAACAACUGAAUAAAAAUAAAGGUUGUUCUGCACUUAUUCGGCCCAAUAAUUAUCUUCAUAAUCUUUCUGUACUCGGCAUCUACCAAGGACAGCAGCAACCACCAGGGAACAGACACUUAGAGAUUAACCCAAAGGAGAAACUAUUUGGUUGCUGAACAUCCAGUCAAAAGUCUUGUUCAAGGACCCCAUUCCAAAAUCAUUUGGCUACUACUAACAACACAAAUUAACCAGCUAAUUCUUUUCUUUCAUUCAAACAAGCAGUCGGACAGUUCAUUAGGUUGAUCAAGGAAGCUGCCCAGAGAACCUGGAUCACUGUGGUACUGUUAAAUAGGUGUCAUCAGAUCUCAAGUUUUGAUCCAUAUUUGUUCUGACUGAGUGUAGGGAAUUUUUGGUAGAGAGGAUUAAGGCAACAAACAACUGUGUGUACAGUUCUUUCUGUUAUACAUGUUGGGAAAAGGGAAGGUGGAGAUCUGAGUUCACUCAUUGCCACAGUGAUAAAGGAAUGUGGCUAUUAUAUGUUUAAAGGUCAUGACAGAUGGUGUUUUCACUGAAAAAGAUGUGCCAUUGAUGAUAUAUAGAUGUUACUUUUUCUUU